GGGAGGCUGCGGGCUGGGCGGCGGCGGCCGCUGCCCCGCGAUGCGCUGCGCUCCCGGCCCGGCCAUGUACGCGGGUCGCAAGCGGAGGAAGCCGGUGCCCCGGGCGGUGCGGCCGGGGCCGGCCGAAAGCGGCACCUCCAACCCCUCCAAGCGGCACCGGGAGCGGCUGAACCGGGAGCUGGAGCGGCUGGCGGGGCUGCUGCCCUUCCCCCAGGACGUGGUGGCCAGCCUGGACAAGCUGUCGGUCCUGCGCCUCAGCGCCGGCUACCUCCGCGCCAAGAGCUUCUUCAGCGUUGCUCUAAAGAAUCACGGUGCCAAAGAAGUGGAGAGGGAUGGAGACUGUGGCAACGGACCAGCUCCAGGCUUGGCAGCGGUACCGGAGGGCGAGCUGCUCCUACAGGCACUCAACGGCUUCGUGCUGGUGGUGACGUCGGAAGGACUGAUAUUUUACUCCUCACAUACGAUUCAGGACUAUCUGGGAUUUCAUCAGACAGAUGUCAUGCACCAGAGCGUCUUCGAGCUGAUCCACACUGAAGACCAGCAGGAAUUCAGGCGCAACCUCCAUUGGGCCCUCAACCCACCCCACGCUCCUGAGGCGGGGAAGAGUCUCGGCUCUUCUGCUGUUGCCUACAAGCCGGAUCAGCUGCCUCCAGAAAACUCCUCCUUUCUGGAAAGGAGCUUUGUGUGCCGCUUUCGCUGCCUCCUGGAUAAUUCCUCCGGCUUCUUGGCUUUAAACCUUCAAGGCAGGCUGAAAUUCCUGCAUGGGCAGAACAAAAGGUCUGAAGACGGGUCUGCGCUGCCACCCCAGCUCGCUCUCUUCGCUAUCUCCACCCCUUUGCAGCCACCGUCCAUCCUGCAGAUCCGAACCAAGAACAUGAUCUUCAGGACGAAGCACAAGCUGGACUUCACCCCCUUGGCAUGCGAUGCCAAGGGGAAGAUCGUUUUGGGCUACACCGAGGCGGAGCUGCGGAUGUGCGGCACUGGCUACCAGUUCAUCCACGCUGCCGACAUGCUGUACUGUGCCGAGAACCAUGUCAGGAUGAUGAAGACGGGGGAGAGCGGCCUGACGGUCUUCCGCCUGCUGACAAAGGAGAAUCGUUGGAAGUGGGUGCAGGCCAACGCGCGGCUCGUCUACAAGAACAGCAAGCCCGAGUACAUCAUUGUCACGCAGAGACCCCUCGUAGACGAAGAAGGAGGAGAGCACCUUCGGAAGCGGUCCAUGCAUCUUCCCUUUACCUUUGCUACAGGAGAGGCGCUCUUAUAUCAAAGCGCUUACCCUCUCCCGGGCUUCCCUGACCCUUCCCAGAGCAAAGGGAAAGCCAGCAAGCCCAAGAAGAUCUCCCACAGCCACAGAGGGUGCUCCCAGAAGAACGGCGUUGACCCCAGUUCUCUGCUGGGCGCCGUGAUGCGACAGGACAAGGCGGUGUACACCUCCUAUCCAGCUCCCGUGCCUAACCACUCCUUCAGCAGCAGUUUUGUGGACCACCUCGAGGACGUGUCGUUGCUGGAUGCAGGAAGAGGUGCCUGGAAUACGAGUGCUGCUCCAGCUUCUUCAAGGGGGGACAGCCUCAAAGAGGAGCAGGUGGAUUUGCAGCAGGAGGACCCUCUCUUGGCCACCCUGGACUCGCUCUCAAUUAAGAGUGACGAGAGUUGUUCCAACAAUGAGCUCUUCAGUGCGCUGGAGGGCCUGGGGUUGAACGCCGAGGACCUGGAGCUCCUGCUGCUGGAUGAGAAAAUGGUGAUGGUCAAUAUGGACCCUGACUGCACGCCAUCCCUGAACGACUGUCUCGCCAGCAAUGAGAUUCUCUCCUACAUCCACACCACUCUGGUGAGCAAGCACGAGGGAGGACAACAGGUCUGUCCCCUGCCAGGUCCGUCCCCGAGCCCACGGGGAGGCACUGCUAGGUACCAGGCCCACGUGGAGAAGGAGGACUCGCAGUACCUGCCCCAGCAGCCCAGCGUUGCCCCAGGCCAGCCCCCUGCUCCGCUGUGGGAACAAUCCCUCCACGCUGUGCCGGGGCAGUCACCCCCGCUGCUGCUGGAGCCGGCCGAGGAGGAAGAACCAGGAGGUGGGUCACAGUGGAGGCCAGCUGGGGAGGAAGGUCUGCUCCGCUUCCUCCAGCCACCACGAGAAACCCUGUGGGACAAGGCGCCCGGCUCACCCCCAGAAGACCCCUGCCCGCAGGAGCCACCCCGGGCUCGGCAGCUGGAGGGUGACUUCCCAGCCCUGCAUCCCCCCCAGGAGGAUGCUCACCGGUCCUUUUUCCUGCCCAGCCAGUGCCAGGGCCUCGCGGGACCACCCGGGCAGCCGAAACAACGUCACUUGCUGAUGAAUGGGUUGUGCCCCCACAGCCCUGACUCUGCUCCACACCUUCUCCCCAGCAGCAGCCCCAGCCCGUGGCAGGACUAUGUUUCCCCACUCCUGGGGUCCCCAGCUCAGCCUGGUUUUUAUGGCAUCAGCCAAGACUGGGUCUCCCAGCACCAGGGCUGCUUGGGUCCAGGGCCCGGCGUGCCGACAGUACACUUUAACCUGAACGGAUUAUGCAGCAUGGAAACUGCGAGCAGCAUAGGGUCACAGGAAGAGAUAGCUCCAUGCUCCAUUUUUUUCCCCUCCUCUUCAUACCAGCUUAUUCCCGAGAAGCAGCUGAGCCCCGUUCCCUCUGUGCCCCAGCACCCUUUCCCGAGCUCAGCUGCAGGGCACUUUGGGAGCAUCAGCAGCCCACUGGAGACCCCCGUGAACUCCUACGGGACCUACACCUCCGUGCUGAGCCAGGAGAGCAGGCACAGGCCCGAAAGUGUCUGUAUUUUGCCCAUGGGACUCCCCAGAGACCGCCUGGUGCUGGGGGGGAGCCUGGCUCCCCCCCGCCAGCUGCACCCCAGGGCAGAACCGCUGCCAGAUCACCCUCAUGCCUCCAGCGGUGACUUCUGCCUCUAGGAGAGAAAAAGUGGAAUGGACAAAGCAGGACUAUUCCCUGGGGAAGGAGCUGCCUUCAAGUUGCAGAUGACAAACCUUCCCCUUGCCGCACGUGUCCUGCCAUUGCUCUUGAAGUUGGUUGAUUCGGCUCAGCUGUUUUUUGUUUUGUUUUGUUUUAUUUUAAUUUUUUUUUUAUUUACUUCCCACCAUCCUGCCCCUGCUGAGGCUCCAUGUGCUGGUCCCGUGGUGGUGUCCCUGGCCUGGAGAGGGCUGUAGCAGGCAGCAGAGCUGGACGGGGAAAUUUCCCCAGGACAUGGGAACAAGUUGGGCUGCAGUGUGGGUCAGCCAGCACAUGCAGCCUCAUUUUUAUUUCAUGGUGUUCAUGAGUUGUGUGGCUCUUGGUCAGCUGGAGGAUCUCUUGGUCAGUUGGAGGAUGUGUCACUUGCCGUCUCAUCCUGCCCACCCGACCUCUUUGCUCUUGUUUCCCUGGCGGGGUGAGGGUCUGCCCAUCCUGCCUGCACAUCGUACUGAGAGUCAACUUUGAGAUGUUUGGGCCUUUUAUGGUUGCUGCUGUCUUUCAAAUGGCAUUUGGAGAGUAACUGUUGCUCUGGAAGGAAAACAAGGAUUGCUCUCUAUCCCCAUCCAGGCUGCUGUGUUGAAGGUAUGAUGUUCAUGUGGCAAAUCCCACACUUUGACAUGAAGCCAGUGGAACAAGCUCUCCAUCACACCACUCUUCACAAUUCUACUGUUAACUGAGUGCGUUUUUGGGGGCAUUUUGCCAGGCUUUUGGAAACCCAGGCUGCUUCCAUGGCUGUCACUUGGCUCUCGUGGUUCAGCAGUCCCUGGCAGUGCCUGUGCAAGGCAGCCCUCGCCCCGAAGGACAGGCAGGUUUCUGAUGGCUGAUGUCCUCCAGCUCCACCAAAGCUUUGCAGUUACAUGCAUGAUCCAACACAAAUGCAAAACUCGUGUGCCCAAAAAAAAAAAAAAAAAAAAAAAGAUAGGAAAGGUUUUCACCUCUGGUAUUAAAUUUCCCACCAUCUCAGCAAGGCACCUGUGGCUAUGGCCACAUUGUACUGAUGUUGCCUGUUUUAUAAAAAAAAAGUGAAUCCUGACUUGUGUUUUUGUGUUGUACUGGUCCUUCCCCACCCCAGGUUUCCCUGUGUCCCAAAUGUUCCCAUUUGACAGGAUCCAGAUUAGAGCUCCUGUAGCGAACACCCUGGGUUUUCCUGUGCUGGAUGUGAUGUGCCCAGGUUGGCUGGUAAGCAGUUUUUUCUCCCGGGUGAUGAGGUCUGAAGUACCUGAAUAGGAAGCGAGGGUCAUUCUCAAACAGCAGGAACAGGCUGGCAUAUAAGCAUCUGUGCCUGAAAAGACGGUAGAGAAGUAGUGGAGCUGUCUGACCUAAAGAGAAAAUUUCAGAUUUACUGUAAAAAAAAAAAAAGUUUUCAGUAAGAUAAAGAAAUAAGUAUAAUGAUACUUAAUUUUAAGUACUGAUAGAGUCAUAUUUUCCCACAGAAAAUAAAUACAGCUCAUGCUUAUGUAUAUAAUGUGAGUUGAAAGAUUUAUUUUUAUGCCACUCCAGUGGAAGGGGAAAAAAACCCUCUUACCUUCCCAAAGUACCAUCCUAUGGAAUGGGGCAAAGAGGCUGUUUAGAAGAUCAGAAAUACAACGACCCCUUAAGAAACCUGACAAAGCAUCAUCCCUCCUCC